AUGACCCAAUCUGAGCUUUCAGAGAAUUUGGAUAGCCUUGCCCUUUGGCAAGAAUUUGCAAAAGAUAAAAUUGCUCGUGUAAUUCGUUAUUCAGGUGAAAAUUACUUGAUAGGCAUCCCAACUCGUGAUGAAUUAGUUGCGAGAAACGAUGAGGGAUUGACUUCAACUCUUAAUAAUAAAAUAGCGAACCAUCUUGAUAUUCCAUUUAUGCUAGUUAAUAUAGAAGAAGCUAAAGAAUACAUUAAUCAAAUCCCUUAUUAUAUUCUUCACCUUUAUAGAUACCUCAUUAAUG